AUGAGCAUCCAGCGCAGCCCGUCGGACAGCGAGGUCGAGGCCCUCGACGACGCAACCUCUCAGAGCCUCCGCCACCGCCUCUCCCAGCACUGGCGCACCUUCCGCUCGCUCGGCCAGCUCCCGCUCAUUGUGGUCGCCCAGUUUCUGCGCAACUGCGCGCGGAUGCUCAACACGACGUCGUCGUACGAGAAGAAGACGAACCUGCGCAUCCUCAUCAUCACCGACUACACCCCGCCGCAGACGCACGGCAUCGCCAUCCGCUUCUCGCACUACAUCACGCACAUGCGCCAGGCGGGGCACGAGGUGCAGGUCUACUCGACCAACCUGCACCGGCAGCGGCUCACCUCCUUCGACCACCCCAACAUGCCCGCCAUCAUCAACCCGUUCAACACGUCCAACUGCAUGGCGUACAAUCCCGGCCUCCGCCUCGCGUGGGCUUGCGAGGCGGGGCCUUCGCCUCGCGUGGGCUUGCGCAGCGUAGAAGCGGAAGACGCAGCCUGCAUGGCUCUCGGCGCUAAGCAGUGGGACAUCGUCCACCUGGUCUACCCCUCCAUCAUCGGCCCCGCCAUCGUGCCGGUCUGCAACUGGCGGCGCAUCCCCGUCUACUGCUCCCACCACGUCGACAUGGAGUACUACAUCGAGCAGUACGCCGCCUCCAUCUCGUGGCUCGGCAACCUGUCGUACUGGCUCUUUUGCAAGCUGCCCGCCGCCCGCCACGCCUCCGUCAACGCAGCGCCCACCCUGUGCUUCCUCGACUCGCACGUGCCGCACAAGGCGCCGGGCUGCAUGCGGAUGCGCAUCCCGUCCGGCGUCGCCGACGCGCGCUUCAAGGUGGACUCUGCGGAGCAGCUGGUGGCGGAGAGGCGCGACUUGGAGCGGCUGUGCGGCGCGGCGGCGGGCGACGCGAUCUGCCUGAUGGUGCAGCGCGACGGCCCGGCGAGGAGAGAGCUCGCGGCGUUCGCCGAGCGGCACGCGCUGCCCGUCACCUUUACCGGCAACGUGAAGAAUGACCGGCUGCCGCCGCUGUACCGCGCGGCGGACGCGUUCGUCACGUGCAGCACGUCGGAGACGUACGGCCUCACCGUGCUGGAGGCGCUCGCGUGCGGCACCCCGGCCGUGCUGCCGCACUGCUCCGUUUUCGACGAGUUGUGGGAGGCGAGGCUGCCCGCCGAGUGGAUGUACAACCACGGCGAGGCGGCGGGGCUGCUCUCGUCGCUGGCGGCCGCGGUCACGCCCGGCUCGAAGCAGCGGCUGCGCGAGGAGCCUGUCAAGGCGAAUCUCGGCGGAUCUCGGCGGAUCUCGGCGGAUCUCGGCGGAUUUGGGGGAAUCUUGGGGAAUCUUGGGGAAUCUAUGGUAACCCAGGCGAGCUGGCGUGACGCGACGACGGAGCUGAUCGCCCAGUACGAGAAGGCGAUCGAGGCCAACUUGCCGCACCGCAUGGAGCUCGCAACUAUCGGCGCCGUCGUCACGAAUCUGAUGCGUGUCGCGCUGGUCGGGCUGCUGAUCUGGUGGGCGCUGCGCAUCGAGGGGCGGGUCGCCAUGGCCACGGCGAUCGCGCUGCUCCGCCAGUUCUCGGAGGACCCGACCUCGAUCUCGCGCUGAUCUCGCGCCGAUCUCGCGCCGAUCUCGCGCCCGCAGCUCGCGUCUGGAUCGCGCAGCAGCGCGCUCCCAUCUCCCCGCAACUCGCCGGGGCUAGUGGCCGCGUGGCGGUGGCUGCGCCGGCGGUAGCUGCGCCGUGCCUGGGCUUCUUUGGCUGCAGCGGCGCAGCUGCAUCGUUUCGUGAGCUAUGCGAAGGGCGCCUACGUCGCUUCCGGGCUCCUACUGUCGCCGGACCGCUGCUGUGCGCUAUCGUUGCUGCACUGUGCUGGGGAGUGGCCCCGGCAAUCGGACAUGGACAGGUACCUUAAGGUAAGGCCGGGCCGAGUCGAGUAAGAGGCUAGAGGGGAAGGAGGGUGGUUCGAGCGUUGACUGCACAUGCUUUUGAGUACAGGACACAACGUAAUAUAUUGAAGAA